AUGUUAAACGAUGUUGAAUCAAAAUUUCCACAUUCUCAAUCAAUAUCAUUUCGAUUAAAACCUGCUACUCCAACAUUACCAUUAUUACCAGAAGAUAAUAAUAAUAAUAAAAUUUUCAAAUCCGAAAUUUAUUUUAAUCCAACACUUAAUGAAAAAAUUAAUCUUUUAGAACCAAAACUACAUGCUGAUUUAUCUUAUUGUUAUUUAACUGAUGCCGAUAUGUCAAUCGUCAUUAAUGAUAUAAUUAUUGAUAAAAAAUGUACAGAACUUUGGUUACAUGGAAAUAACAUAACAUCACGUGGUGCAGCAAUAUUAUCAUCAAGUUUAAUAAAUAAUUCAAAAUUAAAAAGUCUUGACUUAUCAUUUAAUUCAAUUUCUGAUACAGGUGUAUAUUCAUUAAGUCAAGCAUUAUUACCAAAUAAAAAUUCAUCUCUUAAAAUUCUUUAUCUUAGUAAAAAUAAUAUUUCAAAUGAUGGAGUUAUAUAUUUAUCUGAAAUGCUUAAAACAAAUUAUACAUUAAAAGAAUUAUGGUUAUCACAUAAUGGAAUUGAUGACGAAGGUGUUAAAAAAUUAGCUCAUGUAUUAGCUUAUUAUAAUAAGACAUUGAAAACUUUAUCUCUUUCAAUGAAUAUGCUCAUAACGAAUGCAUCUAUUGAUUAUCUUAUUGAAAUGUUUGAACAUAAUCGAACAUUAAAACACAUUUGGAUCAAGGAUUGUAAUUUAAGUGAACAAGGCAAAAUGAAACUUCGUCAAAAAGCUAAUCAAAAGAGAAAUUUAAAAAUUGAAUUGUAA